GAGCCGCAUGAACUUUUCGCUGUUCCUCCUCCGCGGCCGCUGCGCUCUCGCCGAGGGGGCGUGGCCUCGCUCGAAGUCGGCGCCUAUAAAUGAAGCCGGGAGGCGUGGGGCAAAGCUGAGAACGCUGCCUGCACUGACGGGCUCUCGGGAGAGGCGCUUACGCUGUUGCUUUGAACACCAGUCUACCAUGACAGACAACAGGCACAAUGCUGACUGCAAGUCCUGCAGUGUGCUUAGCUGGGAUCAGGUCAGUCGCCUGCAUGAGGUCCUAUCAGAGGUGGUAUCAAUUCAUGGACGUGGCAAUUUCCCAACUCUGAAGAUAACCCUAAAGGAAAUUGUCCAAACUGUUCGCAACAGGCUGGAUGAAGCAAGCAUUCAGGUGCAUGAUGUCCGUCUGAAUGGUUCUGCUGCUGGUCAUGUCUUGGUCAAAGAUAAUGGACUGGGUUGUAAGGAUCUGGACCUUAUUUUUCAAGUGUCUCUCCCUAGUGAGACAGAAUUUCAGCUAGUCAAAGAUGUGGUUCUGCGGUCCCUUUUAAACUUCUUGCCUGAAGGAGUUAACAAACUGAAAAUUAGCCCUGUGAUCCUUAAAGAGGCUUAUAUUGAAAAACUGGUGAAGGUGUACACUGAAGCUGAUAGAUGGAGCUUAAUUUCUCUCUUCAACAAGCAUGGCAGGAACAUAGAGCUCAAGUUUGUGGAUCGUAUAAGACGGCAAUUUGAGUUCAGUGUGGAUUCUUUCCAAAUCAUUCUGGAUUCUCUGCUCCUGUAUUAUGACUGCUCUGAAAACCCAAUGUCUGAGCACUUCCAUCCAACUGUGAUUGGUGAAAGUAUGUAUGGUGAUUUUGAGGCAGCCUUUCAUCACCUUCAGAACAGACUGAUAGCUACCAAGAACCCUGAGGAAAUUAGGGGAGGGGGGCUCCUGAAGUACAGCAACCUUCUCGUAAGAAAUUUCAAGCCCAUGGACAGAGAGGAGAUAAAGACGCUAGAGCGUUACAUGUGCUCCAGGUUCUUCAUAGACUUCCCAGACAUCCUGGAACAGCAGCGUAAACUGGAGACAUACCUCCAGAACCACUUUGCAGAAGAGGACAGAAGCAAAUAUGACUACCUUAUGACUUUGCACAGGGUGGUGAAUGAGAGCACAGUGUGCCUCAUGGGACAUGAACUAAGACAGACGCUGAGCCUUAUCUCCCUUCUGGCACUCAGAGUUCUGGUAGAGCAAAACAUCAUCCCCAGUGCUACUAAUGUCACUUGCUAUUACCAACCAGCUCCAUAUGUCAGUAAUGCCAACUUCAGCAGUUACUAUGUUGCAGAUACCUAUGGCGAAUCUUAUCCCACCUGGCUGCCUUGUAACUGAUUUAUAUCUUCCUGCUCUUCAAAGCCCAUAUCCAAAUAGAACUGAACUGGAUUUCUGGUGCCUGCACAGAAUCUUCUAGGGUGGCUACUCAGAGUUCUUAAAUAUGUCUAAUCUUGAGCAGAUCAGAAUAUAGUCUCUCCUUGUUGGGAUUAACUCCUCUUGAUGGAGAAAUACCAUGUCCCAGUGCCUGUCUAUGCAAUUUGUCAGAGGUUUCUUAAAACUGAAGAUUGAAAGAUGCUGUUGGACAAGAAUGCAUGAGCAGCCUUGGUUGCUUUCAUACUAUCUUUCCUUCUAAAGUCUGAGUCUUCUAUGCAAGUUGUCUUCCUUGCAGCCUAUGCAAGUAACAAAGGCUGGAUUGUUGUGGAUUAAGAACCAAAAAUGUGAGUUGGGAUGACCAUAUCUGCAAUCCUGUAACCAGGGAUUGGGAUUAUGGGAGUUGAAGCCCACUAACAUCUGGGGGCCCAAGGUUGAGGAUCCCUGCAACAACCAUCUUACUCAAAUCCCCUUAUGUCAAUGGGAUUUAAGCAAUUUAACUGUGUGCAGGAUUGCAGCCACUCCUUUCUAGGAAGCUUUGAUUAGUAGUUGUCUCCUUUCGUGCUGCAGCAGUUCUUUCUACAUGGAGAGAAGACUCUGUCUCUGAAUAAUGAAUUCUGCUCACUCUGAGGCAUUUUAAUUUUAAGAAAUAGAUGUCCUAAGUUGAACUAUCUCAAAACAGCUUACAUUUCAGAUGUUUCAUGUACUAGAAAAGGAAGGGUAACUAUGAAUACCUUCAACUUAAUCUUUUUUCACCAGAACUUUAGCUGGAAAAUCGGUCCAAUAUAGAACAUAUAGCAAAUGUGCUUUCCCCCCUAGAACUCUGAUAUAAAAUUUAGGUUUUUAGUUGUUAGUUUCUAACAUCAAAGUCUUGAAGAUGUCUGGUCAGUGUGAGCUGAACUCCUUUUUCUUUGAAUGUUAUAUGCAGCGUCACUGGCUUAUGUAUGUGUAUAUAUGUUUAAAGAAUUUCUUAAAGUUUCAGACAAGAGUGGUAACAAUCCACCACACUGAAGAUAAUGGUUUGAAGAAUGUAGGUGUCUAGGUCAAGAUCUGAAAGAAAAUUUUAUAAUACUUCUGAAGUCAUUCAGUUUCAAGGAGAUUCUUCUUGGAAAAACAGGUUGAGUUAAAUCAUAAAACUUUCUGACCAAAAGUUAGUUGGAUUCUUUGGAAGCCUCUUAACAUUCAAAGUAUAGAAAGGGGUCUUUAGCAAUGUCAUUUUUUAAAAUGGGGUGCCUUCAAAAUAACUUCUUGCAAGGAAACUGUCUAGAGUGCUGCUCUAGUUCAUUGCCUUCCUCCUGAAAGAUGUUCAAAAGAAACAUAUGGUAGGGUUUCCCAACAGUGGGUCCCCAGAUGCUGGACUCCCAUAAUCCCCAGCCAAAGGUUAUUGUGGCUGGGGAUGAUGGGAGUUGUAGUUCAACAUCAUUGUCUGGAGACCCACCAUUGGGAAACCCUGGUGUAUGGAUCAGCUUAAUAUUGGAUGCUUUCAUCUAGUCAGCAGUGCUAGUGAUAUGGAUUGAUGUUGCAGAUCUGGAUAAAAUUGGCCCUUCUAAUAAAUGAAAUUGUCUUAUAAAUUAGUCUAGGUUUACAAAAUCCAAACAGUCAUUUCAGCAGAAGCCCUAAUUCACCAGCCACAUUAUAACUGAGGAGGAAGUAGUAGAAAACCAACUCAAUAAAACUUCCUUCAUAGCUCUCAAAGUCACUGUUGCAGAUUGUCAUUGGUUAAAUGUUACAUUUAUCCAUACUAAAUUUAACCAUAUCCCAAAAAAGAAAUGAGGCAAGUGUUAAGGGUGUGAUCAUAGCAAAAUACCUAUGUAUGGUAGUCCUCUGAGCUCUGCUCUUGAGAACUUGGUGCUCUUUCCUCAUGGGACUCCUUCUGUAGCACAGAGAUAUACUAUCUCUCAAUGCAGAUGAUUCUCUAGCUGUUCUAAAGCAACACCACCUUGGGUGAAGUACUAGUUGAGCCAACGGAUAAGGAGAAAAUUGUUAGGCUUUAAUACAGAACAAGUGCCUGUCAGUUUCAGUGAUGUUGCUUGGAGAUACCAGAUACAGUUCUUGCUGGGUUGCAUGGAGUACCUGAAUGAAUUUGACUGCACCCCGCUGCUUAUAAAAGAAAAUUGAGCCCAGCAAGCAAAGAGCAUUGUUUGCCCCGAUGUACAUUCUACAUGGGAAUUGCUGGAUUGCUUAUUGUCUUAGUAAUAGCAUAUCUGGGUGAGGUGGAGGGAAUAUAAAAUGGGAUUGUAUUCUAUAAAGUUGGGCUACAGCAAAAUUGAGUUAGACUUUUGUUCAACAUUGACCUCAGAAGGGUGAAAUGGACUGUAGACCUUUGACCAGAAUUUUUAUAUUGGGAGAAACUUGUUCCAUGCAGAUCCCUGGCAAACUUGUUUUCUUUAAGUUGUAAACUUCAUGUCAGUUGGUGGGAAUCAGUGGCUGUUGCAAGAGCUAUCAGUAUGUAUCUUUUUCCCCUUAAAAUGCAAAUAAAAUUGUCAAAUGUG